AUGCUUCGCACAAAUUCCUCCACAUGUUCAAGCUCUAUUUCCCACAAUAACAACAGAGUAGAUUCUGAAAACCAAAACGAGCUCGCUGGACUCAAUCAACGCCUUGAAGAAUUGAAAGAAAAGUUGGAUAUUAGCCGCAAGGAGACUCGCAUCGUUGGGGUUUUUGGGAUGCCAGGAAUCGGCAAAACCACUCUGGUGAAGAAACUCUAUGAUGACUGGAAACACAAGUUCCAGCGUCACGUUUAUAUGGAGAAAAUCAGUAAUGAUUCGAGUACGUACGGGACUCCUUCGCUACAGAGGAUGCUUCUCAAAGGGUUGCUUAAUGACACCUACAGUGAGAUAAGCGACGAGAUGACUUAUGGUUCCGUAGAGGGUGAACUGCUGGAGAAGAAAGUUUUUCUUGUUCUUGAUGACGUGAGUGCCAAGAAACAAAUACAAGCUCUUCUUGGGAACCACAAAUGGAUUCGGAAAGGAAGCAGGAUUGUUAUUGCCACGCGAGACAGGAAAUGCAUAAGCCAACUCGAGUAUACUUAUGCUGUCCCGAGAUUGGAUCUCACUGACGGCUUAAAGCAAUUCAGCUCUUAUGCCUUUGAAGACCACAAAUGUCCUUACCCGGGGAAUCUCAGGGAUCUUUCCACAAAGUUCGUGGAUUAUGCUAGAGGUAACCCGUUAUCUCUCAAGAUAUUGGGUCCGGAGCUUCUCUCGAAAGAUGAGGAGCACUGGUCACAGAGAUUGGAUACACUGGCGCACAUGCCCAGCCCGUGUAUUCAAGAUCUACUGAGAGUAAGUUAUGAUGAGCUAAGCGAGCUGCAAAAAGAAGCUUUUCUUGUUGUGGCCUGUUUCUUCAGAUCAGGGGAUGAGUAUUACGUUAGAAGUUUAGUGGAUUCGGGAGAUCCUGAUUCUAGUGAUGAUGAUUCUGCUAGUGAAAUACGAGAAAUUGCGGACAAGCUACUGAUUAACAUCUCUACUGGCCGAGUAGAAAUGCAUGACUUGCUGUCUACGUUUGCCAAAAAACUUUGUUCAUCCUUACCUUCUGAAAAUAGGCAUAGCUAUGGAAACCACGUGAUUUGGAAUCUUGAGAGCUUUGCUUCUUUGUCAAACAACAAAGAGAUGAGAUCUAACAAUCAGCGAAGGAAAAAGGAUCAACCUAACCUCCCAAAGGCUGAUAGGGACAGCGUCAAGGGUAUUUCGGUGGACAUGUCUGAGUUAAUUGAUAAACUAACCUUCGAUUCUGAUAUCUUCAGCGAUAUGUGCAAUCUAAGAUACCUCAAAGUCUACAACUCCCACUGUUCUCGUGAUUGUGAUGAUGAUUGCAAACUGAAUUUGCCGGAAGGACUUAAAUGGUCAAUGGAAAAUCUCCGGUAUCUCUACUGGCUACAGUUCCCACUGAAGAAACUUCCGAAAGCGAUAAAUCCAAAGAAUCUCAUUGAACUCAACCUCCCUUACAGCAAGAUUACACGACUUUGGAAAGACACUAAGGAUACAUCCAAACUAAAAUGGGUCGAUCUCAGCUACUCAAGCGAGCUAUGCGAAAUAUCAGAGUUACUAGGCGCUCGAAAUCUCAAAAGGUUGAAUCUUGAAGGCUGCACAGACUUGACAACAUUGCCGCAAGGGAUGCAAGAAAUGAAGAGUCUAGUUUACCUGAACCUGAGAGGAUGUACACGCCUUGUGUAUAUUCCAGAGAUGAAGUUGAUAUCUCUGAAAACUCUCAUCUUGAGUUACUGCAAGAACCUUGAACAGUUUCCGAUGAUUUCAGAAAGUCUCGAAGCUCUUUACUUGCAAUGCACGGCAAUAAAGGGUAUUCCUACUUCAGUUGAGGAUCUUCAGCAACUUGUCCUAUUAAAUAUGAAAGACUGCGAAGCGUUGGUGAAUCUUCCCCAUUGUCUUGGAAAGCUAAGAGCUCUUCAAGAGCUAAUACUCUCUGGCUGCUUAAAGCUCGAGAUUUUUCCAGAGUCAAUGGAGAACAUGAAAACUAUCAAGAUUCUACUGCUAGAUGGAACAUCAAUAAAGCAUAUGCCAAUGUUAAUGCGUCGCGGUUUGAGUGGUGGCUACGGUCUAUCAUCCUCAUUGCUAUCAUUGUGCUUAAGUGGAAACGAUCUCGAGAGCUUGCAGGACAACAUCAGCCAGCUUUAUCAUCUGAAAUGGCUUGACUUGAAGAACUGCAAGAAGCUCAAAUCUAUUCCAGUGCUUCCACCAAACCUCAAGUGUUUAGAUGCACAUGGCUGCGUCUCGCUGGAAAAAGUUGGAAGCCCUCUAGCCCGUCUCAUGGGGACAGGACAAAUCCAUUGCACAUUCAUCUUCACGAACUGCAAGAAACUUGAUCAAGUUGCAAAGAGUGAGAUCAUAUUAUACACUCGGAAGAAAAGCCAUUUGAUGUCAGAUGCUCUGAACCGCUACAAUGGGGGCUUUGUUUUGGAAUCUUUGAUUGGCACUUGUUUCCCUGGAUGUGAAGUACCUCCAUAUUUCCAUUACCAAGCUUUUGGAUCAAUCUUAGAGACGAAACUUCCUCGGCGCUGGUGUGACAGUAAGCUUAUUGGGAUAGCUUUAUGCGCUGUUAUAUUGCCUCCGGACUAUCACCAUCAAUGUAACCGUUUCUUGGUGAAAUGCACUUGUGAGUUCGAAACUGAAGAUGGGCCAAGUAUCAGUUUUACUUCCAUUGUUAGAGGCUGGAGCGUACCAGGCGAUGAGCCACGUAACAUUGAGUCUGCUCAUGUUUUUAUUGGCUAUACAAGUUGGCUAGAUAUCAACAAACGCCACGUGGAAGACCAUGGGAAAGGAUGCAUUCCUUCUAAGGCUUCUCUCAACUUUCAGGUCAUUACUGAUGGUGCAACUGAGGUAGCAAAAUGUCAAGUGCUGAAAUGUGGCUUUACUUUGGUAUAUACACCAAACGAUAUCGAUGGUAUCUCUCUAGAGAAAAUUGGUGAUAUCGCUCCAAGGAAGAAGGAGAGGGAGAAUGACGUAGAGAGUGCAUAUUUAAACAAACCUCAAAGAAAGGAUUAUGAUUUCUGGCAUCAAGAAACUGUGGUGUGA